UAAAUACGAGAGCAAACCUGGGGUUUGGGUGUUUGACUUCGAGCAGAAUAUGGUCGGUUGGGUUAGGAUAACGUUCCCCAAGUCAUACAAUGCGAGUCGAGUCCAGUUAAGGCACGCGGAGGCACUACACGCCAACGGAACCGUAUAUACAAUGAACUUGCGGACGGCCUUAGCUAUCGAUACCUAUGUGUUGGACAAGGCCAACACCACCUCUAAUAACACAUUUGAGCCCAACUUCACGACACACGGGUUCAGGUACGUUGAGAUUACGGGAUACCCGGGUGAACCGCAACUGAAUAGCAUAAAGGGAGUGGUCAUGAAUUCGGACACAGCUUUUGACUCGCAUUUCGAGACUUCCAACGCUAUGGUAAACAAAUUGUACUCAAACAUCCAUUGGGGCCAAAGGGGCAACUUUUUGUCGGUGCCCACCGACUGUCCCCAACGGGACGAGCGGUUGGGAUGGAUGGGCGACGGAGAGGUGUUCGCGCCGACCGCU